AUGUUCAUGUGCAAGACGCGCUUUAACACCGUGCCCCUCAGCACCCGCGAGGGCUGGAAGCAGUACCGGGGCACCCGCACCUUUCCAGAGAGCAGGAUUGCCGCCUCUUGCAGGCCGGGCCCGACCAGGGGCCACGGCGCCGCGGCGGCGGCGGCGGCGGCAGCGAGCGAGGUGGACCCGGGGCACACGAACCACCCCGACGACGAGAAGGGCAACAGAGGGCCGACCAACAGCGCGCUGUGGCCGGGGAAGGUCUACAACGUCCUCUAUCAGGUGUGGAACGCCCAGGCGGAGCAAAAGAAGAUCAGCUCGGGAGACGGUUACAUGACGUCAUCGGACCGGGCGGCUCUGGUUCCGCAGGCUGCGAACGUUCUUCGGGACCAAGGGCACCCUGAAAUGGCCACCAUCCUGGACAACACCACCGAGGGGGCUCGCAAGGUUAUUCGCAGCCGGGUGUUGGCCAAGUACCUCAAGAACCGGGAAGUCUUCUCCGCCAAGCUCAGAAACAUCGGCCUCGACCCGACAGAGAUAGCCGAGUGGGACGUGGCCCUAGUGGCGGCGCAACACCACGCCGACCUCGCGCCAAGAGAGCGAGACCAACCGCACUCAGCAGUGCCGCUCUCCCUCCCUCACCACUCCUCCCCCCACUGCCAUCAACAACAAGAAGGCGACGCGGGGGGGGUCUCGGGGGGGGGGCAGCGGCGGUCGCUGCGGCAGCGGCGGCGGCGGCGGCAGCGGUGGCAUCCCCGGCCACUCCAUCAGGUGCCUCCCCCGCAGAAAGCGAGCAGGGGCAGUCCUUGUAUAACAAUAGCAGCGGGGCGGCAGCGGCGGCACCCGGGAGCGCGUUUCAUCAUCAGGAAAAAGCCUGGCCGAAAGCUGGGGAAGCUGAACAAGUCGUCCUUCAACUCGCCGGAGGCGAAGCGGGCGCGAGUCCUUGACUCGAUUGUGUCGGCGGCGGAGCGGUCGAUUUUGCUGCAGGAGGCCGGCGCGGAGCAUAUGCGGAGGCUCGUGCUCGCAGACGCUGAGCAGCGGUUGACUAUGGAGAAAGAGGAGCAUGCUCUGCGCAUGGCGAUCGGCAAGUCGGCCCUGGCGCUGCUCAGCAAGAUGGCCGGAGAGCCGCCGCCUCAGCUGUCUCCGCCACCAGCACCACCGACGCCAACGCCGCCACCGACGCACGAGCCAGGGUCUGUGGGCUGAAGGACCUUUCGCUGCUGCUGCUGCCGCCGGCGGCCCUGGCGCCAUGUACGAAGCCACUUGUUUUUAGAUUAAGGAGAUCCGGAUGAACACAUACAUCGAAUCCACGUGAGGUAUGUGUGGUGUGCGUCCAAGAUCUCAUUGUUGUCGUUGUCGUUGUCGUUGUCGUUGUCGGUGCUUCUCGGGACUCCAUGGGUACCGUAGGGGCGCUCUGUUGGGCGGUGUGCCACAGGCGUGAAGCCAUGUAUUUCCACACGAGCAUCCCUGCUAUUUAGCUCUACUCACGAUUACUCUUUGUUCGAAUUUGAAAAAGCGUUUCGCUUGUUGGUUGUGUGUGAGCAGUUGAUUCAUGCCCGCUGUCUUAGGGGAUGACGCGGCCGGAAGGGACUAGGUGCCAACCAAUAGAAAGAGCAGCGUUGGUUCGCCACAUUGCCUAAUUCUCAGCUGCUUUGGACGGAAAGGGAAUGUGUUGAAGCUUGCCUACCAUGAGAGCUCUAGACGAACAACACAACAGAGAGAGAGAGAGA